AGUGCAUUUCUAUUCCAGUUACGACAGGGGGCCGUUUUGCGGCGGAAACAAAUUGGGAUUCCUGUUAAAUACGUUCAUGAAUGGAACGUUGCUCAACAGCGCACACUCCGUUAUGUAAACACUUCCUACUUUUAAGUGGUUUGACCUUUAGUGAAAGGAAUUAUGUUCCUGGCUGUACGCUAUAUAAAUGCGUGACAAAGCAGCAUCCUCGUGCACGCAGGAUUCGCUCAACAUCAGCAUGCCGUCCCUGUCGCCACUUAAACUGCCGCCAUUGCUGCUGCUGCUGCUGCUGCUUCUGUGCGGCGUUCACUGCCACGACUCGGCUUCGGAGUCCCCUCCCACGUACAAGCACAGAGAUCCGUCGACUGGGGAGACCCUCGCGUGCAACAAGUGUCCGCCUGGCACGCGCAUGUCGGCUCACUGCACGGCCGCCGCGCAAACGCAGUGCGCGCCGUGCAGAGACGAACACUUCACGGAGCUGUGGAACUACUUGCCCAAAUGUCUCUACUGCAGCGACUCCUGCUCGGGCGACAAGGAGGUGGAGGUCGAGUGCAGCCCACGCAGAAACAGAGUGUGCCGCUGCAAGGAGGGCUUGCACAUGACGGGGGACUACUGCAACAGGCACUCCGAGUGCGCCCGCGGCCACGGCGUCCUCACCAGAGGUACUUCCAAAAACGACACAGUGUGCCAAAAGUGCUCGGACGGCUUCUUCUCGUCAUCUUGGUCCGCCGUGGAGGAGUGCGCCAAACACAAAACGUGCGUCGACGGGGAGCUCGUCCUCCUCAAUGGUUCCGCCACCCAGGACACGAUGUGCGGCCUCUGCGAGGAGCUCGCCAACGGAGGUGAGCUCCUCAGGACCUUCCUCUCAAGCUUCUUUACCAUGCAAAGGAUAAAUUUAUGGAAAUUGAUCAAAUUUGUUGUCAGGUACAUCGGUCCGUCGAGGAAGGAAAGGCAGACGUUGCACCGCGACUGGGUCUCCUCUCCCCGCAAGUUGCGACGUCAUCUGUUGGAUCUCAUCCAGACGUGGCUCCACAAGGCCCCGAAGGAGCAGCUGGAGAAACUGCCACUCAUGCUCAGGGAAUCUCAGAUCCCCUCCGUGGUGGAGAAGCUGGACAAGAGACUAAAACAGAUCCAAGAGCAGAGUCCCAACUGUGCCUUAAUGCCUUUAUUCGCCUUUGACUGAAGAUUUUACAUUUCAAGAGAACUUGUUCUGAUCGUCGGAAACUGUAUACACCUUAUUCCUGAUGGAUUGAAGAGCUAAAGCUAAAUUAACAAUACUGUAUUGAGCUACAAACAUUUUCUUCAUCAAACAUGUCAUUAAAAUUGCAAAAACACAUUGAAUAAUAGCAUUCCCCAGAUAACCAUGCGUGUUUUUCUUUCAACCAGCUCACCAAGAUAUAAAGUAACAGCAAUAUCAUAAUCUGAAUUGUUCAUACAAUAAAUAGCACUCAUUGCCAACUCA